CCAUUGUGCAGCCUGACUGUGCCCCGAUAAGAAGAACGAAAUAUAGAGUUAAUUUUACGCUUCAUAUUUACAGGAAUUUGAUUACUUGUUGAAGAUGAAGUUACCCUUGUUUGGUGGUGUGGUGGCUGGGUGUCUGUCUGCUGUAGGACUCACCAGCAUCACCAAGCUGUGGACUUACACUGCCGAGGUGCCAGUUGAGACCAGCCUUUUAUCAUCUGAUCCUGCAGGAGUAUCAUUUUUAUCUCGGUCUAGUAGAGAUGAAAACUCUGAGGCAAUUAUUGGACCAGAUGAUGAUCCUCGGCUCUCACAGAUCUUAUCAUAUGGCUGGCCAGAAGGAGGCCGCAUCAAGCGCACAUUUAAAAAUCAUGUCCUUGAAUAUGACUGUGCCCGGAGGACACCAACCUGGGUGGCAGAACACUUAACAGCUGAAUUUCUCAAGGGUACAGCAAACAGGCAGGCUUCUAGGUUCAAGAUGGAUCCUCACAUACCAGAGGAGUUUUCAGCAUUUAACAGUGAUUAUCGAGGCUCUGGGUGGAGUCGAGGGCAUAUGACCCCAGCAGGUGAUAAUAAGAUGUCACAAGAAUCAAUGGAUGAAACUUUUUACCUCACUAACAUUGUACCACAAAAUUUUGAAAACAACGGAGGGUUUUGGAACCGAUUUGAGAUCUACUGCCGGGACCUGACGCAGAGUUUCAAGGAUGUGUGGGUUACCUCAGGGCCACUCUUCCUUCCAACUGAGGAGGAAAAUGGCAAGAAAAUUGUCAAAUACGAGGUUAUAGGUGACAGUGAGGUUUCAGUUCCCACUCACCUGUAUAAAGUGAUUGUUGCCAAAAAUGGUAAUGAAACUGUUACUGGGUCAUUCAUCGUGCCCAAUAAGCCCAUAGACUACUCUCAUCACCUGAAGGAGUUCCAGGUAUCCAUGAAUUACCUGGAGAGAAAAGCAGGUGUCAAAUUUUAUACUAAUUUAAACAGAGAACUAGCAGGUGAUCUCUGUGAGCAGAAUGGUUGCAACUUACUGACAAAAACCCAGACGGACCAGUUUGUCUUCACUCAGAGACUCAAGAAAGUACCCAAUUUGAAAAAGUUGACAAAGCUGUGGCAGGAGAUCCAGGAUAAAGAAAUCCCAGUAAAUAAGAAAAUGCAAGACAUAUACCAAAGACGUCUACUUGAAUUACCUGACGAGAAAUCCUCACCAACAAAUUCAACACCAGCAGCUCAGGGUGUUGAUGUGACUUACCAAGAAAGAAUUACAAAGAAGCCUCUGGUUGAUGUGGCAGACCCUGAAUUAGCGUCCCAGCAAACAGCUCGAGCAGCAGCCAGUGGAUGAACGAUUCAAUUUCCAGUCCAAUGAAGAGUUGUAUUUUUCUUCAUAGUAAAGGAUGGCUGUGGUAACUUUCUAAUAGGUUAUGAAUCAAAUCAGUACUGUAUGUAGAAAAUGGGAAUAUAUAUAAAAGAUAAUAAUGUGGUUUUGGUGAGUGAUGAUUCCUGUAUGAUAUGCUUUACAGACAUAUGUAGGUGUGUAAGUCUGCUUUGCUCCUUGUGAUGGUAGUGAUGUUCAAAGACUGUGACACAGUAAUCUUUCACCAGCUUGUCAGAUGUAUGUGCUUCCUCCGGACUAGUAAACUUGUGAUAGUAUCUUGAUCUUGAGAGGCUAUGUUGUAACUGUAGGCAAGCUCAUACAUACUGAAAACAAAUUUCCUUUCACAGUACAGGUCUGUGUCCAUUAAUACUCAAUGGUAAUUCUGUGUAGUAUAAGUUAAAGUGUGUAAGAAUUAUAAUUAAUUGUUAUUAGUUCAAUGUUUCAGAAAAUAGAAAUGUGAAUGGAAUCACGAACUUGUGUUAAAGAAUCAAGAUAAUUAAUAUAUUUUAAUUGAUCACUGCAGAUUCAUGAAUUUAAUGAAUUAUGAACCAAGUCAAACUGUGCUUCUGAAAUAUAAAGUAACAAAAGUUUUGUUUUUUGUAGUACAGCACCUUCAAUAAAAGAAGAUAUAUC